AUGUACAAACUAGCUGAUUUCCGUACCAAUCCACCAGCACGCAACGAAAUGUACGAAAACCUCAAGGCUCGAAUCAUUAACGAAUUUGCCGAUAGCACACAAACCAAACUAACAAAACUCCUCAGCGACUUAUCACUCGGUGACCGCAAACCGUCACAGUUAUUAGCUGAAAUGCGGACAAGGGCAGCAGCUACACCGGUUCCAGACGAGCUCCUAAAGCAGUUAUGGCUCCGGAAUCUGCCUGAACUAAUACGCGCAAUUCUAUCCGCAGACGAGCACAUAACACUGGUCAACGCAGCAACGAUGGCCGAUCGUAUCAUGGUGGCUACUAAAGACAGCAACUCCUUCAUACACGCUGUUCAACAAAGCCCUCAGCAGACAGUAAACACACACCCACAGCAAAGUGCCUGCAAUGAACCUGCAAGUCAAGCCAUUCUAGAAAUGCAACGCCAGAUCAAUGCGCUCUCACGGAAUCUCCGAGACAUCAAAUGGCCACGCCGCGACAACCAACGAAGACCAACACCUACACGAUCGGGUUCACGAAGUCGCGAACACCACGACAGUGUGACAGCCCAAUAG